UCUUACUAUACGAAAAGAGUGAUAAAUACUGGGGAAAUUCGUGAAAGCUGUACAUAAUUUGCCAUGAUUAGGAUAUCAAUUUUUAUGUUAUUACUGACAAACUCUUACACUAUAUUUUGCCAAGAUAUUGAGAUUGACACAAAUGGCUAUAUUGUUUACUGUCCUUGCAUGGGCCGCUUUGGUAACCAGGCAGAUCAUUUUCUAGGAGUACUCGGAUUUACCCAGGCAUUGAAUCGUACUUUAGUAUUACCGCCAUGGGUUGAAUAUCGCACUGGAGAAAUAAGAUCUAUACAAGUACCUUUUGAUACCUAUUUCAAUGUAUCUAAAGUACAAAGUUGCCACAAAGCGAUAUUAAUGGAAGAUUUUAUGAAGGAUAUUGCGCCAAAGAUAUGGCCACCUGAAAAAAGAACAUCUUUCUGUUACGAGGCCCGUAUGGGGAGCAAUGGAACAUCCUGCAAUGCAAAACAAGGAAAUCCAUUUGGUCCCUUCUGGGACACAUAUAAUAUAGAUUUCGUUAAAUCAGAAUUUUACAAGCCACUCCAUUAUCAUGACGUAUAUUAUACCCAGACAAAACAGCAAUGGAAUCAAUAUUAUCCAGGCGAAACUUGGCCAGUACUGGCAUUCACGGGUGCACCUGCCAGCUUCCCAGUUCAACCUGUGAACAAGCCUCUGCAGAAAUGUCUCAACUGGACUAAUGAUAUCUUGAAUAAAGCGAAGGAGUUUGUAAAGAAAACAUUACCGAGAGGCGCAUUUGUUGGCAUACAUUUGCGGAAUGGGAUUGAUUGGGAACGUGCAUGCAAACAUAUACCGUCUGCGCCAGAUCUUUUCGCUGCUCCUCAGUGUCUCGGUUAUCAAAACGAACGUGGCAAAGCAACCCUUUCAAUGUGCUUACCGUCAUUUGAUGUAAUAAUAACUCAGCUGAAGCGUGUUAUUCGCAACGGCAAAGAUAUCAAAUCUGUGUUUGUAGCGUCUGACAAUGAUUACAUGUUGGACAAACUCGGAGAAGCUUUGUCACGUAUGGAGGUAUCAGUGUUUCGACAAGAACCACCGGUAUCUUCGCAUUUAGAUUUGGCCAUUCUCGGAAGAUCUAACUACUUCAUAGGAAAUUGCAUUUCUUCUUUCACCGCUUUUGUGGCCAGGGAAAGAGAGGUCAGGGGAUAUCCUACAUACUUCUGGGGUUACCCUCCUAAAACCAGAAUAGAACUGUGAUACAUUUUGUAACAUGAUGCUUGCCAAACGCGCAAUUAUAAGUUUUUGAUAAUUUUUAUA